GUUUUAUGUUGAUUAUGUGUUACAUUUUAACUUUCGCAUUCCGGCCGCGAAACCCGAUAAAACAGAGGACAAAAUGGCGGCGAAGGUUAAACUCGCAGUGAAAAAUGUUCAGAUAUAAAUUUUGGAAAAAAGAGGUUAUUUAAGAAUUAAUAAUGGAAGUUUCUGGCAAGCGACAAAAUAAAUUGACACAUUCGGUAUCACAUGGGUCUGCUGAAGACAUUUUAUUAUUCUGUAUCCCAUGUGAAAGAGAUGGUGAACGAAAUCCAGCUAAGGGGUUUUGUACCACUUGCAAUGAACAUCUUUGUAAAACCUGUUACAAGCAUCAUAAGAAACCAGCACCUGUACGUAACCAUGUUCUGCUUGACGAAAACUCCAUGCCAACAACACCUACAGUUCCAUUAUCUCCAGACGACUUCGAUGGUUGUGCUGAUCAUCAAAACAAAAAACAGAAAUAUUACUGCAGAGAUCACGACAUUGUUGUUUGCAGUGUUUGUGUCACGUUAGAUCAUAGGACUUGUAAGGUGGAAUACAUACCGAAACUUUCAAAACAUAUUCUAGACAGUGAGGAACUCAAUGAAUUAAUGGUGGAAAUGAAAUCACUUGAGGAAGUUUGUAAAUUAGGUAUAAAGAGAGCAAAAGAUGAGAUAAAAAGCCAAUUUCUGAAAAAAUCAAUGAUAAGGUUAUAA